AUUCAUAAAGCGACUGAUUAAACAAUUUUUAAAAAUGUUACCGAAAAUCAAAACAUUUCUCUACGAUGCAAUUAAACAUAUUGUUGAAGAAAAUGGCACCAUACGAUAUCGUCUAUUACAUAGUGUUGAUUUUUCGCUUUAUAUUUAUUGGUUAAUACGAGCAUUAUUCAUUUCAUUAAUCUUUAUUGAUCCAGAAAAAUUUCCAUUAUAUCGAUAUGAUUAUGCAUCAUUAUAUUUCUGGAAUCAUCGAAACAUUCUUAAUAAAUUCUUUAUGAUCAUUGGAAUAUUGCUUGUAUUGAUUGGAUUACUUGGUAUACGAACAUUUUUCUUUAACCAUGUGGAUACACUAAGUUUUCAGAUUUUUUAUGAUUGUAUCGUAUAUAAUAUGGAUCAAUAUUAUAAAAGUCGAGAUACGGAUGAAAAUAUUGCAAUGAAAUUGUCACAACGUUUCGAGGAUUAUCAGCAACAAUUUGCUCUUAAUCAUCGCUUAUUAUCGAUAAUUAUUCCACGAUUAUUUAAUCAUUGGUUCAGAAUUCGUGUUUGGAUCGAUUCAUGGUUGCAAUUGGAUCGUGUAGAUAGGAAUUUGUUUGAAAAUCGAAAUAAAAUGCGUUUGUUUCCCAAUGCAAAUCGUAAAAGUCGAACACAUGUUUUGUUAUUCGUAUUGAUUAUUGAUUUCUGCAAUCAUAUUCUUCACAUUUUUAUUUUGCUUCCGUCAAGUGCUCGUCAAGUGCUCAUCACUUCAACUUUUGUUAAAAUGAAGAAUCAUUUUGCGUCGGUUUCGCUAAUCCCGAAGCUUUCCGCGAACUGGAAUCUUUGGUAUCGUUCAGUUGAGUUACGAAGUCUACUGCAGGUCACUAAAAUUCUGGAAGUGCAUUGUACAGGGACAUUGGCUGAUAAUCCUGAUGAACUAGCCGAUUCCUGGUCACAUAAACGCCAACAUGGCCCUAACAUUAUCGAAGAAGAUGGCAAUUUAUAA